AAAUUUGAUUGCAUCACAUCUUUUUUAUUGGUUGGAUAGUCCGAGAGAUAAUUUCAACCAAUCCAACCCUGCGUUUUACACUUCCAUCUAGCACUAUAAUUGGCAUUUUCUUGAUCUUUUCACAGCAUUCCGAUUUUGUCUUUUUCUGACUCUUUUCUGUCAUUACUAUUGCUUACUAUGUCUGGACGCGGGAAGCAAGGAGGUAAAGCUCGUGCCAAGGCUAAGACUCGGUCUUCUAGAGCUGGGCUCCAGUUUCCAGUAGGCAGAGUUCAUCGUUUGCUUCGCAAGGGCAACUACUCCGAGCGGGUCGGGGCCGGAGCGCCCGUGUACCUGGCGGCGGUGCUGGAGUACCUGACGGCCGAGAUCCUGGAACUGGCGGGCAACGCGGCCCGCGACAACAAGAAGACGCGCAUCAUCCCGCGCCAUCUGCAGCUGGCCAUCCGCAACGACGAGGAGCUCAACAAGCUGCUGGGCCGCGUGACCAUCGCGCAGGGCGGCGUCCUGCCCAACAUCCAGGCCGUGCUGCUGCCCAAGAAGACCGAGAGCCACCACAAGGCCAAGGGAAAGUAAACGCGUAGCAGUGCUAAAGACCUCAUUCCAGAAAUCAAAGGCUCUUUUUAGAGCCACCCA